CUGUUUUUAUCGCGCUGUCAGUGCGCCAGUUGUUUGGCUUCUGAUGGUUGAGGGGCUACAAAGCGAGAGGUGAGACUGUGAGGUGAGGGUGUUAGAGAUUCCACAGCGGUAACAUGGCUCAGGUGAUCCAUAUGGACUCCAGCUUCCCAGGGAAGUCCACCACCCCCCUCCCCCACUCCCUCCUGGGAAAGGAGGAGCUACCAUACUCUGUAGAGACCCCUUACGGCUAUCGCCUGGACCUGGACUUCCUCAAGUAUGUCAAUGACAUUGAGAAAGGCAAUACCAUCAAGAAGGUGCCGAUCCAGCGGCGGCCGCGCUACGGCUCGCUGCCGCGAGGCUACGGCUACGCCGGCUCCUGGUGGACAUCCACCGAGUCGCUGUGCUCCAACGCCAGCAUGGACAGCCGCCACUCAUCCUUCUCCUACUGCGCCCCGGGCUACUUGGGCUCCCGGCCCGCUGCGGGCGGGGCCUUCAGGCUCGGCUCUGCGCAUGUGGAGAAGACACUGCUGGACGCGCGGAAGAGGCUGGAGGAGGAGAAGGAGGGCCGCAGAUUCGCCAACCUGGGCAGCACACGCAGCAGUGUGGCAGGAUCCACCAGUUCCCUGUCCGGCGCCUACAGCACCGGCCGUGCUCAGGGCGCAGCUCAUCACACCCCCCUGAGCUCGGGCCUGUCCACACCUGUCUCACCUACACCUGCACACCUGCAACACGUGCGCGAGCAGAUGGCUCAGGCUCUGCGGAAGAUCCGGGAGCUGGAGGAGCAGGUGAAGACCAUCCCCCUGCUGCAGGUGAAGAUCUCAGUGUUGCAGGAGGAGAAGCGGCAGCUGAGUGUCCAGCUUAAGAGCCAGAAGUUCCUGGGCCACACUCUGGGGUUUGGGAAGAGCCGCCACCAGGGGGAGCUCUACAUCCACAUCCCAGAGGAGGAGGCUCUAUCUCCCACCACCUCUGAGGGUUACAGGCAAGCUUUGGGCUGUGAGAUUGAGGACACGGUGAUCGUGGGGGCAGCAGCUCAGAGCAGCAGGAAGGAGGUACGCUCUAUCGGAGUGGGGCCAGAGCUGGAGCGGGGGUGCCAGCAAGUGGGGGUUGGGGUUCAGGAGCAGGACCUGGGGCUGGUGCCAGAGACGGAGGUACUGAGGAGCCAGGUGGGGCAGCUGGAGAUGCAGCUGAAGAGAAUCCUGCAAGAACUGUGGGCAGCACAGAGUGAGAGAGACAGGCGGUCCCCACGAGCACACUGUGCUGUCAGAGCUACCAGCAUGGGCCUGCAGGACCCAGCCACAGUGUCAGGGCUGCGGACAGUGCUCAGCUUUACCCAGCAGCCCCAGCAGUGGAAGCAGAGGACUGUGGGAAUCCAGGUUUAUACUCUGGAGCACCCCACUCUGCUGAGGGCAGAGAGAUGCAGCUUUCGAUUACGGGCACACGGUGACACUGCCCAAACCCUGCCCACAGACACUGCCCAAGCCCUGCCCACAGUCACUGCCCAAGCCCCGCCCACAGCCACUGCCCAAACCCUGCCCACAGACAUUGCCCAAGCCCUGCCCACAGUCACUGCCCAAGCCCUGCCCACAGACACUGUCCAAGCCCUGCCCACAGUCACUGUCCAAGCCCUGCCCACAGUCACUGCCCAAGCCCGGCCCACAGUCACUGGCCAAGCCCCGCCCACAGUCACUGGCCAAGCCCCGCCCACAGUCACUGCCCAAGCCCCACCCACAGUCACUACCCAAGCCCCGCCCACAGUCACUGGCCAAGCCCCGCCCACAGUCACUGCCCAAGCCCUGCCCACAGUCACUGUCCAAGCCCUGCCCACAGUCACUACCCAAGCCUACCCCACAGACACUGCCCAAACCCCGCCCACAGACACAGCCCAAGCCCCGCCCACAAAAACUGGCCCUGACUUGUCCAUAGAAAUUGGCCAGACCCCACCCAUAGAGACUGAUCCCACCCUGCCCAUAGAGACUGGCCUGACUCCGCCCAUAGAGACUGGCCCCGUCCCGCACAUAGAUACUGGCCUGACUCUGUCCAUAGAGACUGGCCCUGUCCUGCCCAUAGAUACUGGCCUAACUCUGCCCAUAGAGACUGGCCCCGUCCUGCCUAUAGAUACUGGCCUGCCCAGAGAUAUUGACCCCGUCCUGCCCAUAGAUACUGGCCUGCCCAGAGAUAUUGACCCCACCCCACCCACAGAGAGUAGCCCUGCCCUUCCUAUACACGCUGUCCCCUCCCUGCCCAUAGAGGCUGCCCCAGCCCCACCCAUAGACACAGGCCCCAUCACAGAGACUACCUUCCCAGUCUGUCCCCAAACCUCCCUGGAGUGCAGAGGGUAUGAAGAAACCCUGCAGACUGAAGCAGUCUGUUUUAAGCAACUUCGAGAGGUCCUUCAGAAGAGCGAUGUGUCCACUUCAAUGCCUGUCUCCAAUCCUGGCAUUGCUAUGGAGACAGUCUGUGAUCAGAGAUUAAAGGAGCAUCAGGAUGCCCCCUUGCAGACAGCCGUGGAGGCAAUACAAUCAGAGGACACAUCAAAGCCAGCCUCAAGAAGGCGUCCACUGCGAUCCAUCAUGAAGAGAAGAGCAGAGGGGCAGGCUCCCUCUCCUUCAGCUAAGAAAAACCUGCAGUUUAUUGGGGUCAAUGGGGGGUAUGAGUCUACAUCUUCAGAGGAGAGCAGCAGUGAGGACAGUGAUGUCAGUGAAUAUCAUGAGGUCACCCAGAGACUCCCUGAAUGUCCACUUCAGCAUUCAAAGGAUAGAUCCACUGUUUCUCAUACAGGGAGUUCCACUGAGUCUCAGCAGGGUAUCACCCAAUCACCCUCCACAGAACAGGCAACCCAGCAGGUUAUCAGCCAAUCACCAUCCACAGAACAGGAAACCCAGCAGGAUAUCAGCCAAUCACUAUCCACAGCACAGGCAACCCAGCAGGUUAUCAGCCAAUCACCAUCCACAGAACAGGCAACCCAGCAGGAUAUCACCCAAUCACCAUCCACAGAACAGGCAACCCCGCCGGUUAUCACCCAAUCACCAUCCACAGAACAGGCAACCCAGCAGGUUAUCACACAAUCACCAUCCACACAACAGGCAACCCAGCAGGUUAUCACACAAUCACCAUCCACACAACAGGCAACCCAGCAGGAUAUCACCCAAUCACCAUCCACAGAACAGGCAACCCAGCAGGAUAUCACACAAUCACCAUCCACAGAACAGGCAACCCAGCAGGUUAUCACACAAUCACCAUCCACACAACAGGCAACCCAGCAGGAUAUCACCCAAUCACCAUCCACAGAACGGGAAACCCAGCAGGAUAUCACCCAAUCACCAUCCACAGAACAGGCAACCCAGCAGGAUAUCACCCAAUCACCAUCCACAGAACAGGCAACCCAGCAGGAUAUCACCCAAUCACCAUCCACAGAACAGGCAACCCAGCAGGAUAUCACCCAAUCACCAUCCACAGAACGGGAAACCCAGCAGGAUAUCACCCAAUCACCAAUUAUAGACUUACCAAUGCCACAGAUUUCCACUAAAUCACAAACCCCAGCCCAAGAAUCCCAGGAGAGUAUGACCCAAUCACAAUACACAGACCCUGCACCUCACCAGUGCACCAGCGAAUCACCAGUGAUGGACCAUUCAUGUAUAAUCGAGUCUCCAUCACCAGACUCCCCCUUCCAAGAAGCUUCUAUUCAAUCAGCGGAUGAGCCUUCCCCUAAACAAGGCACUGCCCAGCCAGCAAGCUCGGCCCCUGCUGCCCUGCGGAAAACCCAGGGACAGCCAGGUGUAAACUCCAGUUCCACCCAAUCUGUCACCCAGGAAAGCAGGCUGGAGUUGAGUGACAGUCUGAUGGCAGCUCUCCUGGCCUUGCAGAAAGCUCUGAAUGAAUCUAAUGCCUUCGCCCAGCAGGAGGCGAGGUCAGCCUACACCUUGGUGUUGCAGGAGUGGCUGCGUGUAUCCAGUCAUAAGGCAGCCAACGUGGGCGUGGUCAGGGCCUACAUGGAUGCCUUUGCCACCAUCUCCGCUCAGCUGCUGGAGUUCGUGAUCAACAUGGCCGAUGGCAACGGAAACACAGCCCUGCAUUACACAGUGUCUCACUCCAACUUCCCUGUGGUCAGACUACUGCUGGACACAGGUCACUGUAAUGCAAAUAAGCAGAACAAAGCUGGAUACACAGCCAUCAUGCUGACUGCACUGGCUGCAUUCCAUUCGGACACUGAUCUGCAUACUGUGCUACAGCUGCUGCACACAGGAGAUGUCAAUGCCAAGGCCAGCCAGGCAGGACAGACGGCUCUCAUGCUGGCUGUCAGUCAUGGGCGGGGAGACAUGGUGGGGGCGUUGCUGUCCUGUGGGGCAGAGGUCAACAUUCAGGAUGAGGACGGUUCCACGGCGCUCAUGUGUGCCUGUGAACACGGCCAUGUGGACAUCGUGCGGCAGUUACUGGCAGUCCCAGGCUGUGAUGCCACUCUCACAGACAACGAUGGCAGUACCGCCCUGUCCAUUGCCCUGGAGGCCUGUCACAACGAUAUCGCAGUUCUGCUGCACGCUCACCUCAGCUUCACCAAGCCACCCUCUCCUGUGGCAGCAAGGAGUCCUCCAAGUAAUUCUGCUGGUGAAACUAAGUAACUCCAGCAUCCAGUGCCUCUGCUCCGUCCCUGUGUGUGUGCAUGCUGGUUUCCAUAUGUGUGAGUGUCCGAGGGAAUGACUAUCCUGGUGCUUGGGAUUACGCUUGUGUGGUAUAACAAACAGACUGUAUGACUCAGAGUGCAAGUUUCUUAUAAAAUGUUUAGGGAGAUGCUUCUGUGGGCUUUCAACCCUGUAAGCAUGAAUACAGAUCUAAUUUGAAGAAGGUGGUAAUGUCAGGACAACAU